CAAAAAAUUGGUUUCCCAGGCUCAGCUCUCCCGCUGCCCAGUGCUUCUAAGAAGAGCACGGGCCUCGUCAGUAGCAUACCCACAAUCAUGAGGGAUUCGCUGCUCCUGAUGCCUCCCAGCUUGCACUUACCACUACCGUCCAGACGACCGUCUCUUUACAUACGCGCUAGUAACUUGUGCGGAUCUUUCGAGCUGAUGGCGCGCACCUGCUCCAAAUCAUCGAAUUCAAGUUCUCCCCGCGCGCAGCAGGUCACUUCGACCGUUGCGUUACGCUGGACAAGAGGGACCAAUCAACGCCGUCUCGUGGAACCCAAACUCGAAAUAAUGCAGCAUUGUCUGCGAAUGUUAGUUGUCGGCCCCCUGGACGCGAAGGUUGACUGCCUGAAAAAUCAGUCUUGGAUCAGCAAAAAAUUGAUAAAAAUCUAUAUAAUCGACGCCUCAUUUUACAAGCGGUCGCCCUUCAGCAAAUUCUUCUUGACAGCUACCCUGUUUCCUCGCCUCCGUGUAGACAACGGAAUGAAGAUCUGGUAUUGCAUCAAUAGAUCUAUCCACGUCCAGCUCCUUGAGGAGUUAUACCAAGCAUUUUCGAGACCCACUCCGCUUAUACAGGCACCCUCAUUUAGCCAGGCUAUCCUACCACACUAUCGCCCUCGAUCAAUGUAUUGGUGGAAGCAUCGUCAACUAGGCCUGUCACACUGUAACGCGCAAGAGCUUACUGACCGCCUGGUGCAAAUAGACUCAUAAAUUGCGCAAGAUGUGUGUAGUCGGUAUACAUAAUCGAAAAUUCCUCAG